AAAAACCAAAAGAACACAAUUUUCUGUGUUAUUUUUCUCUCGAAUAUAGAACAGCAUAUAAUUGGAAUAUUUGAAAUCACAUCACAUUUACAGAUGGAAAAGGAAAAAGCAUUGAGACCCAAACGCAAUCGUCGACAUAGUAGACGCGCCUGGCCACCUGAGGAUGAAUUGCUAUUGGAUACUGGUCGCAUGGCCAAGAGAUUAUUUACUCCGGAUAUUAAAUCAAUGCUCAAGGAUUGGCUAAUACGCAGACGAGAUAAUCCGUAUCCAAGUCGAGAGGAAAAGAAACAAUUGGCCGGAGAGACAGGACUUACCUAUACGCAAAUAUGCAAUUGGUUUGCCAAUUGGCGUAGAAAACUCAAGAAUUCGGAACGUGAAAAGGCCAAAAAAUCAUGGGGUCAUUUGAUUAAGAAUUACAAUCACAAUGCUCGAGGAAAUGUAGAACAGUUUAGUAUCUCAUCGGAGGAUAGCAUUUGGGAGGAGGAAAUGCCAUCGGCAAAUGCUGAAGAUGAUGAUUACGAGGAUGAUGAUGAUGAAUUAUCCAGUCCGGGUAGUACUGGCAGCGAUGGCAAUGGCAACAAUGGAUCGACAAGUCUAUAUAAACCAAAUUUUUAUGUGGAAUCAUCUACUAUGCCCAAGGAACAGAGCAAUUAUCGUGUACCCAUAUUGCCCACUGUGCCGGCUGGCAAGGCCAAGUACAAACAUCAGAUGAUGGAGAAAUAUCUAAGAGAUAGCACCACGGAUAGCACAACCACAAUUCAACCCGGCUCCAAUCAGUUAAACAAAUGGCUAGAGAGUGCCGUGAGAUUUACACCAGAUCGUAACAAUUAUCACAUUGAAUGGAAUACCAGCAAGCAUAAGCAUAACUCACAGGAGCGAGCUCCAACUGGUGGGCAAAGUGAAUUGAUCUUUACCAGCGAUGCCACAGCUUUGGCACGUGGAGAACACUGGAUAUUGCAUCAUAAGGAUGAGCUCGAUGCUGCCGAAGCAUUGGCCAAUUUGGCCUUUAAUUGCCGACAGCGUAACAUUGGCAAUUGGCAUCAUAAUGGGCCCGCCAUAAGCUCUUGAAAGUCCCCAUGGGUGCAGUCUAUACGUGCAGCCGCCAUCAUUCCUUUUGGAAAAGUGCAAUCUAGAGUUAGAACAAAAUAUUUAGUUGAAAGAAAG